CAAUGCUGUAAUAUUCAUGGUUAUAAAAUGAGUCUUUAUCAAACAAGCUCAAUUAAAUUGAAAUUAAUUGGAUAUUUAAGUGUGUUUAAUAUGUCCAACAUAAUGGAAAGAGAGGAAUAUAAAGUAUCAUUCCUUGAGCAAUGGCGUGGUAUUGAAGAAGCAGAACAGAUUUGUAAUGUAACGAUACAAAAACAUGAAACAACUAAAGAUUUAUUCUGUCCGCCUAUCUGGGAUCAUAUAAUGUGUUGGAAGUCUGCAAAACCUGGAACCACUGUUUCGGCACCAUGCCCUAGUUACAUAGACAGAUUCCUUAUCAAUGGUGUUGCCAAAAAGACUUGUAAAAAUGAUGGUACGUGGUACCAGAAUCCACAGACGAACACUACCUGGACAGACUUUCACAACUGUAUGGAAAGUGAAGCCAAUCAAAACUUAUUAAAGACAAACCUAGACCACAUACAGACUAUUUCUAUGGCGGGUUAUUCGCUUUCUAUUAUAUCAUUAAUAAUUGCUGUGAUUAUGCUCCUUAAACACAGAUACAGUAUAGGUUCUAAACGACCAAGAUCAAGAAUAACAACUCUUCACUUAAAUCUUUUCAUCGCCUAUUGUCUGAGAUCGAUCGCUUCACUUUUAAUGGAACAAUUUUCCAUCAGCAUCAAACAUCAGGCCAGGGAACUCACUGGAACACAGAUCCAAAAAUCGAAUUGGGGAUGCAAGCUGACCAUGACGUCAUUUGUGUAUACUCUAUUAGCCAGUACAGUAUGGCUCGGUGUGGACGCUUCUGUUCUUGUCUGGAUGAUCUGUUGUAAUCCGUGGUAUUUUCAAAAAAGGAGCAAUAUUUUUCCACACCUUCUGAUAGGAUGGGGUGGACCUUUGCUUAUAGUAAUUCCCUGGGUUUGUCUGCGGAUUUUCUUAGAUGAUGAGAUGUGUUGGAUGACGAUCGAUAUAAACAACUAUGAGUCUUGGGAGGCAUGGCUGUUCUUAGGGCCUGUGCUGAUUAUUAAUUCCGUAAACAUCAUUUACUUAAUCUUGAUAGGAAGAUUUGUCAUAAAGAACCACAUGACAAAGAAAAUUACCAGCAGCUCAACAGAGUUUUUCAGAAAGCAUUGCAGUGGACCAAAAGAACAUGCCAUUACUACAAUGAUAAAUACAGCGAAGCAUAUCUGCAUCAUUAUUCCUUUACUUGGAGUACCUGACAUUGUUCUUACUAUUCUGUCAUUUUGGCCUGAUAUCCAUUUCUUAUAUGCUGAUAUGUUUUUCAGUUCAUUCCAGGUAAAUUACCUUUACACUUAUGAAUUUCAUAAAAUAUAUCAAGUUUGGUACUGCUAUAACUACACCCCCCAUUUUUUAUAAGCAGAUUAAACCAUAUAUUUUCAUACCCUCACUUGAAAAGUGGGAGGGUAUAGAGUAAUCUUGAUGUCCGUCCGUCUGACCAUUCAUCUGUUACGCUUUAGGGUUCCACUCUCUUACAUGCAUCCGCAACUCCUCUCAUACCACCAAAUGAAAUUUGAUGAGACUUUCACAGAAUCUUUAUAACAUAUUGCCAUUGUGACCACAUUUUUUUUAAAUUUUUUUUAUCUGACACAUAUCUUGGGUUUCCCAUGGCAAAACAUGAACCCUGCCAUUAUAUUCAAAUGGAAAGCGGGGCAUUUUUAUUUUUACUACAAAGCACAAAUGAUAUUAAA